AUGAUGAUGGAAGAUGAUGAUGACGAUUUCUACGACCCUGCCGAUGCAGUACCCAUAAACCAAGCUCAGGAUGCUCCCCAAAACCAAUCGAACGAAAAGUCUCAAGAAUUGAAUGAAGGGGAGGAGCAGGAGGAGGAAAUAGAGGUGGAAGAGGAUGAGGAUGAUUUCAAUAUCAUCACAGAAGCUCCUCCAGAUGCGCCGCCUCCAGAAGUACCACAUCCUCGGCAUGCCAACCUACGAGCAGAACCUCAGAGACCCUCAUCAGCAGAUAUAUCGACAAAAUCAGUCACACCAACAGUAACGCCUAAACUCGAAGCUGCUACUCCGGCGCCUGCCAGCGCAAGACCAACCGCACCCCAGAAACCUGGCUCCGCAUACCCACCCGUGCAGGCGUCGACGAUCGAUGUCAAUGCCAACCCUGUUCAUCCCUCUACGGGCAAACCGAUCCUGUCAACAGAUAUGGACUCGGACUUUCCAACCGAGGACGACAAACCAUGGAGACGGCCUGGUUCGGAUAUCUCCGACUAUUUCAACUACGGUUUUGACGAAUUCACCUGGGCCAGCUACGUUCUGAAACAACAAGAGCUACGGAAAGAAGUCCAGGACCAGAAGAAGCAAUUGGAUGAUAUGCAGAAUUUCUUGACCAUGGGUCUUCCGCCAAUUCCAGGAGCUCCAGGUCCUGCUGCACCUCCUGGCAGCGCGCCGCCAGCUCUGCCCGGUAUGCCAGGAAUGCCAGAUAUUGCCCCUGAUAUGAUGCAGGGCAUGCUGGCAAGUAUGAUGUCGCAAGGCAUGGAUCCGUCAUCUAUGGAUCCCAUGUCCUUCAUGCAACAUGCUCAGGCGAUGAUGGGAGGCCAAGGUGGUGCUGGCGCCGGGCAGCAGCAAGGCCAGCCUGGGUUCGGCGGCCAGUCGCAAAAUUCGGGAUUUGGAGGACAAGGUGGAGGCCAGCCUCAUAUGGGAUUUGGAGGUUACGACCAGAGAGGUGGUUUUGGCGGUCGGGGACGAGGAAGAAGAUGGUAG